CGGGGUGGCGGUUGGACGGGGGUUGUUGAUCGGAGGGCGCCCCCGUGGAAGGAGGGAUCCAGCCGCCGCCCUAGCCUGAGCCCGAGCCGGCGAUGGAGGAGCCGGGGGAGGUGGCUGUCCGCCCCUCCUGCUGGAGCCGCUGCGGCCGGAGGCUCCGCCAGCUCGUCCCCAUCGGCGCUUGGACCGAGGCCAGAGAGCUCGUCAAGAUCGGCGCCCCGGUGUUUCUGGCACAGCUUUUGGGGUUCUUGAUCAGCGUGGUGAGCUCCAUCUUCUGUGGCCACCUGGGAAAAGCCGAGCUGGACUCUGUGACCCUCGCUGUAUCAGUUAUCAACGUGAUUGGGAUUUCGAUCGGCACUGGGCUGGCAUCAGUGUGUGACACCCUCAUGUCACAGACCUACGGGAGCAAAAACGUAAAGCGCGUGGGGACCAUCCUGCAGCGGGGCAUCCUCAUCCUGCUCCUUUUCUGCUUUCCCUGUUGGGCUGUCUUCGUCAACACCGAACGGAUCCUGCUGUUCUUCAAGCAGGACCCAGAAGUGUCCAGGCUUACUCAAGUUUAUGUAAUGAUAUUUAUUCCCGCUCUUCCGGCAGCAUUCAUCUACCAGUUACAGACGAGAUAUCUGCAAAGCCAGGCAAUCCUCCUGCCCCAGGUGGUGACAGGCAUGGCAGCCAACGUCUUGAAUGUGAUCAUGAACGUCAUCUUCCUUUACACUUUCAAGCUGGGCGUGGUCGGGUCUGCCUGGGCCAACACGCUCUCCCAGAACACGCAAACUCUGCUCCUCUUCUUCUAUGUGUGGUGGAAAAAGAUCCACAAAGAGACCUGGGGAGGCUGGACAACUGACUGCUUGCAGGAAUGGGGCUCCUUCAUGCGCUUGGCUGUUCCCAGCAUGCUGAUGAUUUGCAUAGAGUGGUGGACUUUCGAAAUCGGGAGCUUCCUCUCAGGAAUGAUCAGCGUGGUGGAAUUGGGAGCCCAGUCAAUCAUCUAUGAACUGGCCACCCUUGCCUACCUGCUGCCUCAGGGCAUGAGCGUGGCUGCCAGUGUCCGAGUGGGCAACGCUUUGGGAGCUGGAGAUGCAGAGCAAGCCAAAAAAUCAUGUAUCACAGUGUUAAUGUGUACAGGUGUCUUUGCUGUGGUGUUCGCUGGCCUUUUGGCCAGCUUGAAGGAUGUUGUUGCCUACAUCUUUACCAGUGACAAAGAGAUUGUGGCCUUGGUCUCCAAAGUGAUGAUGAUUUUCUCUCCUUUCCACCUCUUUGAUGCCAUCGCAGCAACGUGCGGUGGGGUGCUCAGAGGAGCCGGGAAGCAGAAGAUCGGUGCCAUUGCCAAUGCCAUUGGCUACUAUGCCAUCGGUUUGCCCAUCGGGAUCGCGCUCAUGUUUGGGAACAAGCUCGGUGUAAUGGGCCUGUGGUCUGGCCUGAUUGUGUGCAUCUCUUUGCAAGCGUUCUCCUUCCUGAUCUUCGUCCUGCGCAUGGACUGGAAGAAAGCUGCGGACGAGGCUCGGAUCCGGGCUGGGCUGAUAGCCCAGUUGCAAACCACCCAUGCAGAUGAAGAGGCAGCUAACAAAACAUUCACUUUAGCGUAUCUUACGAUGGAUACAGAGGUUCCCAACGGCCAAGCGGUGAGCGAGGUGGCACAUGGGAGCCCGAACCAGCCAGAGGAGCAGCUCAUUGAGGCAGAAGAACUGCCACCACGCAACGUUUCUCCACCCGGGGAUGUCCUUUCCGCGAAGGAGCUCCUCUUCCGACGGGGGCUGACUCUGGUGGCAGCUAUCGCAGUCCUGCUAGCUGGUAUUUUGAUUCGGCUCCUGCUGAAAAACGGGUAGCUAUCAGGAGAAUUGGUAGGAGCGUGUCCUGGGCCGAAAACAGAGGGAGUGAAAGAGGCACCUGGAGCUCAAUCUGGAAGGUGUGGGAAGAGCCUUUGCUCCCCCUGGAGGCGAGUGGCAGCUGCUCACGUGGUCCAAGGAACUGUCCCUUGGACCACAACAGGAAGGUUUUUUGGCUGGAGGUGGCGACUGCACAGUGCUUCUCAAAACAUGCUUCAUUGAAAGAGUUGCCAUCUUUAAAAGGGUAACUCAGUGGGGCUGGAGGAAACCCAAAUGCCUGCAGCUCCAAGUGCAGGGACUUCGCCCCUCUGGUUUCCUAAAAAUGCUUGGGCAGCUGAGUGCCCAUCAGCAGUUUCCAUCAAAAAGACUUACCUUCUUCCUCAUCGCUCAAAACACCUUUUAUUGUUUCCCUCUCUUUGAUUCAUUUUAUAUUUCAAGACAGGGGCCUCGUUGCGUUUUUACAAGGUGAAACUCGUUUUGCCGAUUUCUGUGCCUGGCUGUUCAGUUUCCCUUGGCAACUUCGAGUGGCAAGUGGAGUCCCGUGUUUUGUGAGCUUUUUAAAGAAAUUCUGUGUUUUGGUAUGAUUCAGGUUUUAUAUAAAUAAA